CAUGCUGCAGCUGCCAAGUUCUCGGCAGCUCGAGUCCACCACCAAAUCCACAUCAACUCACCGUAACCCGCCUUUCUUCUUUUCUUCGUUUCUUCUUUUCUCCUCCUCUCGUAAUCCUCACCGCAACAAAUAAAAACUCUGCCACAAAUAAACUUCCAUCCUGUUAUCCUUAGAUCUGCUCAACUACAAAUGAUCGUGUGCAACCACAUCAGCAACCUCAGCUCGAUGAUUCCACCUCCGCCUGAUUGGGCGAGGCAGCUGAGGGUGGGCAUCCCCAUGUCUCAGCGGCUGAGGCAGGGCUGUGGGCAGCCGACCCCCCCAUAAUGACCGUCCCAAGACCUAUUAAUGACGCCCAGGCGGAUGCAGGCAGUGGCUGAUCAGCCCUGCAGGCAGUCGUGUGUGGAACGGUCAUGAUCCAUUCCCGUCUCUUUAUAACGCCUGGUCUCGCGCCUCAGAUUCGAGAUCGGCUCCGCCUUGCCUUUUAUUUCUCAUGAACUUUUUUCUGUCCGCUCAUUUCUUUGAUAAAACGUCAGUUCUGAGGUUCGUUUGAGAUCGAAAUAAUCAGCAAGUGUUGAGUUUUUAUUUUGUUUUGUGAUACUGUACCUUGACCGUCUCACCACGGUGCCUUGAGCUUCUUUCAGCUGUGCUGCUCCGUUCAAAUAUUCAACUCACUAUGUCUUCACAAUAUACCAGAUUUUACGGCUCCCAAGUCGGUGGAAAAUCAACAACACCUCACUCAUACACCAGCUCGCCUCUCGAACUCCUCAAGCAUGACAUUCUCUCAGCGUUCAAGUUGUACCUCUCGCUCCCGUACAUCGUGUACCCCUUCACACCACAACUAUCAGGACCAUUAUGCGAACUGUAUCUAUCUCGUUCAAAUUGUUACGAUAUGUUCCUGCACCUGAUCCUAGUUAUCAUGCAGUUACCUUUCGUGCUGAGCGUACCGUUCUGGCUUAUGCUGCCGGUCUGGACGGUUGUGGGAGGUGUCGUGGUGUUUGUUAUGAUCAACCAGAGUAUAUGUUACUUGUUGAAUGGGAGCGAGAUGGAAGUUGAGAGUAAGAAAGAAUAUGCUGAGAGGAAGAAGGAUCAUGAGCAUGAGCAGUGGAUUUUCUUGAAUGGUGUUGCUGUCGGGCGAAAUUGGCUACAGAGCAACGUUGACAGACUAGCUCUCACAUUUGGACGUCCCGUUCUAGGAGUCCAUAACAAAACAAACGGCAUAAUAUUUGACGUCCUCCAAUGCUUAAUCCAACGCAACUUCACCUACGCAACCCAAGAUGUGCGGGACUGCUACAGGAUCGUAAAAUCCACACUCUACCAACCGCACCUUACCAAAGUAGUCUUUAUUCUCCACUCCCAAGGCGGCAUCGAAGGCGGCUUAAUCAUAGAUUGGCUCCUCCAAGAAGUCCCCCAGGACCUACUUGCCAAACUCGAAGUCUACACAUUUGGCAAUGCAGCAAACCAUUUCAACAAUCCGCAUUUACAUCUACUGAGCCAACAUGCAGCGUUGAUGCAUCCCACAACACCAGCGACGACAAAAACAACGACCAGUGUGCAUUAUCAUGACCCCAUCCAUCCCGUUCCAAAUCCCCAUUCUACACCUCUCCCUCAUCCCGAGUCCAACGGCAUAAAGCCCAACUCAACACCCAGUCCCAACCCAAAUCUCACAAACGGCACACCCCUCACCACGUCAUCCUCUCCAACCCAACCCAAAUCAAUAACCCGACAAAUCACACGCCAAGAAUCCACCUCGGGCAAAACAAUCCGCUACAUCGAGCACUACGCCCACACAUCCGACUUCGUCGCCUGCUGGGGCGUCUUACACUUCACGAAGAACUUCGCUUUAGGUCCUUCCGCACCGCGGUUUAUGGGCCGUGUGUUUGAGAAGGGUGGGCAGGGAGGUGGCCAUCAGAUGAAUAUGCAUUAUUUGGAUGGGAUGUUUCCGCUGAAAGCUGUUCCUGCUCCGUCUUCUUCUACGAGUUCUCCAGUUUCAGGCUCGGACGAAGCUUCAGCUUUGAAUGAAAGUAACGGGAUGGACGAGAAGAGAUCUCUACUCACCCAGCUAACCUCCCGCCUCGGUCUCCCCACCUCCUUAUCCUCAUCCACCACUGCCUCCCAAACCAAAGGCGGAAUCGGCAACUCCGGUUUCCUCGGCGCAAACGAAGACCCAGAUGGGAAUCCCUUUAUGGAAAGUAUCCUUGAACUCGGUCUCGGCGAGGAUGAUACGGAUGAUAUCCAAGAGCGGAAGGCUGAGCGCGAGGGAAUUGCGAUGUCGUAUUUGGGGGCGCAUGGGGAGGGAAUGGAUGGGGAUGGUGACGGGGAAGGGGAUGCUGGGGUCAAGGUAAAGGAUAUGAGUCCGAUUAGUGUUGCGACGGUGGGGAGGAGGUUGGGGAGGGGUGGGGUGUUGGGGAUGACUUCUGCGGAGAGGUUGAGGGGGGUGGAUGGGAAGGGAACGAGGAAGGGAAAGGUGGGGGAGGUGAAUGGUGAGGGGAGGGUUGAUAGGGAGGGGGAGGGAAAGAGUGGGAACGGAGAGGGGGAUGGGGGUGAGAAGAUACGGUUUAAGGUUAAGGACCUGAGUCGUUUGUGGUUGUAUGUUAAUGGGAAGAGUCCGAGGAUGGACGAGACGGAUGUGGGGAUUGCGAGGAUGUCUACGAUUUAGAUGGAGGUCUGGGAGGAGUGAAAACGUGGUUGAAUAAAGAGAGUUCCAUCAUGAGAUUCAUGAAAUGCGAAAGGAAGGAGGAAAGACGAAACUUAUAUGCGUCUUUCGAGAGGAUGGAGACUGAUGCCUGGGCAGAUGAUACAGCU